AGAGGCAAACAGAAAGAGCAGCAGGUGCUUCCUACAACAGAAGCUGCAGCACCAGGGGAACAGAGCACAGCAGAGGGGCCAGCAACCUCUUUCAAACCACAGCUAGUGCAAGUGUUCACACCCAACAUGCACCCAGAAUUAAUUUAGCCCCGGGGAACAGUGUAUCUCCAUUUGCUUGUUAAGUACGCCCAUAGCACAGCUUAGGUUGAAGGGACCCCAGGAGUUCUGUGGAUUGGUUACCAAAAAAUAAAACGCUCUUGUCCACAAGAGCUGAAAAGCCUAGGUUUCUUUUUCAGGAGCUGCAUACUCUUUUUUUAAACCUUUAAAAAAUAUCUGUGUCACUGGAUUUCAGUGACCUUUCACUAAACUUGAAAACAGCAUGAGUGACUCAUCCUUCUGGAGCAUGCUCCAGAGUUGUUACGCUAAGGAUGAAGCCACUUAGUUUUCAACACUGUUUAGUCCUUCAGAUUUUCUCUGUAGAACAUGCCUUUUUAAAACACUCCUUAACCCAAAAAUAUUAAGCAGUACUUAACUAUUUAUAUUUCUAUAGGAUGGACGGGGCAGGAUUUACAGCUCGUUGCAUCUGAGAGAUCCUUGAAAUGAUUACAAAAAUUAAGUACCAGUUCAUCUGAAAAGUCCAAAUAUUUAAAGAUAUCACCAAUCUACACACUGAAAACUAUACCAAACCCCACCUUGUGGUUAGGUCACUGAUCUGUGCAAAUAUCUAUGCACUACCACAAGCCCACUGAACAGAGAGAGAUUACAUGACUCCAGGACAGGGCAUAUUUUUCACAGAAGUUACUUUUAGCGCUAGCUGAGGAUCACCUGCUGACAUUACUCUUACAGUCAGUGAAGAAGGGUGAUCCCACAAACAAACCUGAUUCUGGCUACGUCUGAGCUGUACGACUGCAUUGCUUCUGGCACUGCAUGCAAUCCCAGCAAAUUCUUGACUGCAUGUCAGGACGAGAUUGAAAUAUUACUGUUCCCUUCCUCAACACACAUCUCUUGUCACUUCGUUUGCAGGGGAAAAAAUGGAGGCAAACAGAGGUAACAAGCUCUCCAUUGCGUGCUUCAAUGUUCCAAAGACAGUCUGAGAACUGCCACUGAUGACCGCUCUGCAGAGAAUCUGGAAUAUCUCCUUCUUCAAAUGGCUCUUUUGUUUCUUUUUUUUUUCCUGAUUUCUUGCCUGUCUCCCUUAGCUACUAGCCACUUAGAAUAUUCCCAACUCACCACAGGUGUCUGUUGUGACACAGUUGAUAGAUUUUAUUCCAUUUCAAUAAUGGCUAAACACUCCUUCCAAAGCCUUUUUCUGACAAUCUGUUAAAUAGGAAAGCUAUUAUUUUUCAGACAGUAAAGCAUUGCUACUGUGUUAGUACAUUAUGGUCAGUGCAGAUAUAAACCAAGCAAUGUUUUCAAGUGAAUCAAACUUCUCAUUUCAAACACAGUGAGCUCUUGUCACUUUCAGGCUGACUACUACCCCAGCCCAUUUAAACAAAAUGGGGAUUUCCAUGAAAAUGACUGCAGACUACAGAGAAUACUUCAGCAUUAUGCUUAUUAGAAACUUUUCAUAAGCAAGAUGUGUAUUCUUGCCCUUACCCUUGUGUAUAAACAUCAACCCAAAGCAUGCUUCCAUUUUACCACAGAAUCAUAGAAUGGUCUGGGUUGGAAGGGACCUUUAAGAUCAUCUAGUUCCAACCCCCUGCUAUAGGCAGGGACAUCUCCCAUUUGACCAGGUUGCUCAAAGCCCCAUCCAGUCUGGCCUUUACCACAAACAAUUAAAAAUGUAGUUUUAAAGGACCUAUAGUACAAUUGCCCAGUUUGGUCACACUGGAAAUAUUAUAAAAGGUAUGAGAACUAUCAGGUCACAGAUACUGCAAGUCAACUUGUACGUGUAUGAAAUAUUAACAAGACACUUUUAAGUAUGACCAAUAGCAAGCUCAAAACUAGCUAGAUUGCGUCACUGCUUCCUGCCUGCGAAGAGCUAUUUUAUAGCAUAGUGCGGCUCAGCAGAGAAGAGGAAGUCUAAAGCUUUUACACACGAGGGGCUAUGAAACAAGCAUCUCAGCAGACACUUUGUACUGCACCAAAGGGUUUUAAUGGGCUGCAACAACUAUUCCUAAGAACAAUUACGAUAUGAUGCCUGAGAAUCACUACCCUGAGGAAUACAGGAUUUCAUCAUUGGUCUUCUACAGUUUUGUAUUCACAGUAGGACUGUUAGUGAAUGCCACGGCACUAUGGGUUUUCAGCUGCACUACUAAGAAGAGAACCACUAUAACUAUAUACAUGAUGAAUGUGGCAUUACUGGACAUAACUUUUAUACUUUCCUUGCCUUUUCGGAUAAUCUACCAUGGGAAAGAAACGUGGCCUUUUGGAGAUACAUUCUGUCGGAUUAUCAGUGCUUUCACUGUAUUUUAUCCAGCCAUUGCUCUGUGGUUGCUUGCUUUCAUAAGCGUAGACAGAUUUAUGGCCAUUGUCCAGCCCAAACAUGUCAAAGAACUGAAAAAUACGAAAAAAGCUCUGCUGGCGUGUACAGGAAUCUGGAUAAUGACCCUUGCAACGACUUCCCCACUGCUCUUUCUACGUUCUGAUCCAGACAAAGCCUUCAAUUUCACCACCUGCAUGAAAAUGCUCGAUAUCAUCCAUUUAAAGGAAGUAAAUAUGUUGAACUUUUCUCGCUUGAUAUUUUUCUUUUUGAUUCCCUUGCUUAUCAUGAUGGGGUGCUACCUAGUCAUUAUUUACAAUUUUAUCCAUGGCAAGACUUCCAAAUUGAAGCCUAAGGCCAAGGAGAGAUCCAUAAGAAUCAUAGUCACUUUGAUUGCUCAAGUACUUGUCUGCUUUGUACCCUUCCAUAUUUGCUUCGCCCUCAUGAUGUUGAAUGAAGGUACAAGUUACAAUCCGUGGGCAGCCUUUACCACCUUUCUCAUGAACCUCAGUACCUGCUUGGACGUUAUACUGUACUAUAUUGUUUCUAAACAAUUUCAGGCUAGAGUCAUCAGCGUCAUCCUUUAUCGCAAUUACCUCCGAAGUGUGCGCAGGAAGAGUUUUCGAACUGCAAGCGUCAGAUCACUCAAUAAUAUCAACAGCGAAAUGAUAUAAAAAAGAGUAAAAAUAUAAGAGGAAUUCUCUAAUGUAAACAAGUGAUUAUUCUUGCAAAUUCCAGAUUUUUGGCUACACUGAAAAAUGUUUCAUACUCAGAAGUAGCAGAUGUUUGUGGCACUGUAACUGAAAUACAAUGAUAAUGGCACCCCUUCUUGUUUGCUCAACAGUCUUUGUAAACCUGAAAUGAACUAAAACUUAGUAUCUGUGUUAAACUGCCCACCACUUUUGUCACCUUAACAAAUGGUAACUAUCGCCAGACAAGAAAUAACCAUUAGUGUAAUAAAGCACAAACACUGAAAAACUGUGA